AUGGUGCGCCUGGGGAUCGCGGAGGCGCAGUAUGAGUACGCCGCGCAGGCCGACGACGAGCUGAGCCUUGCGGAAGGCGAUGUCGUGUAUGUGGAUGACGUGCUCGACGGCGCAUGGUGCCAGGCGCGCCACAAGGCGACGGGCGCGGCCGGCCUGGUGCCUGCGAACUAUAUCGAGAUGCGCGCGCCGCUCCGGACGGUCGUGGCUGCGUACGACUACGAGGCGCAGAACAGCGACGAGCUGACGAUAUCCGAGGUGCAGCCGCUCGACGUGCUCGAGGUCGAGGGCGAGUGGCUCCUGGCGCGGACGCAGCCACCGGCGGCGGACGCGGUCGGCCUUGUGCCUGCGAACUAUGUGGAAGAGGCGGACACGGCACGAGGUGCGGCGGCCAGUGCGGAACCGCCGAGCGAGGCCGAGGUGCCCGCGCCGGAGCCUGUGCCGGAGCCUGUGCCGGAGCCCGCGCCGGAGCCUGUGCCAGCGCCUGCGCCAGUGCCCGCGCCGGAGCCUGCGCCAGUGCCCGCACCAGUGCCCGCGCCGGCGGCGCCAGCCGAGACGCCAGAGAUUCUGCCGCCGCCGACGCGCAAGGUCAUGGCGGCUGGGACGCCACGCGGGGACUCGCGCGCGGACCUCGCGGGCGCAGGGGACGACGAGCUGGAUGCCGCGGAUGGGCAGGCGUCGACUGUUGUGCCGUCGAGUGUGCCGGCGUCGUGGACGGCGCCGGGGGCCGGCGACGAGAUCCGCAUGUGGUCCGUGAGCGAGGUCGAUGCGAAGAAGCGCAAGCGCCAGUCGAAGGGCACGCUGGGGAUCGGCAAUGCGUCUGUGUUUUAUGUGACGGAGCAGGACGGCGCAUCGGUGCCGCGCAUCCCCAUCCGGGACGUGCGGUCGUGGACGCUCGAAAAGAACAAGUACCUUGUGCUCACGGUGCACGUGAAGGACGUGCCGCCGACGCUCGUGUUCCAUGUGGGUUCGCGCACCGCGUACGAGGCGAUCAGCGCGCGCCUGGAGCAAAGCAAGCGCUUGUGCCGUGAGUCGUCGACGCUGCAGGCGCCGCCGGCGCCGGCGCCGGCGCCAGCGCGGCGCUUGAGCGACAGCGAGAUGGUCGUGGUCCUGUACGACUUUGAGGCGCAGGACGACGACGAGCUGUCCGUCUCGGAGAAUGACCAGCUGUACCUCGUGGAGCGCGAGAACGACGAGUGGUGGAAGCUGCAGUCGGCCGCGGGCCAGGUGGGUGUGGUGCCCGCGUCGUACGUCAAGCUGCUCCGCCAUUCGCCGAGCCCGAGCCUCGUGGCGCUCGACCUCAAGAUGCGGCACAUGCCCGAGGAGCCGCGCACGCCGCGGCCGGCGGAGCGCACCGCGGCGCGGCCCGCCGCGGCACGCAUGCGCACGUGGGUCGAUGCGACCGGGCGCUUCCGCGUCGACGCAGAGCUGGUGGACGUGCGCGGCGACAUGGUGCGUCUGCACAAGGCGAACGGCGCGGUCAUCGAUGUGCCGCUCGCCAAAAUGUCGCGCUCUGACCUCGUGUACCUGGAGAGCGUCACAGGGCGCCGCCUCGGCGGCGACUCGAGCGUGGGACGCGGGGCCGAGCGGCGCGAGCGUGAGCGGGAGGCGGACGCCAGCGAGCGCCGGCGCCUCGAGAGUGCGGCGCGUGAGCGCGCCGCGCGCGAGCGCCAAGCGCCGCGUCCUCAUAUGGACUGGUUCGAGUUUUUCCUGAAUGCAGGCGUCGAUAUCGACCACUGUACGCGCUAUGCGACGUCGUUUGAGCGCGAUCAUAUGGACGAGACGGUGGUGGCGGACCUCGAUGCCCCCACGCUGCGGAGUCUGGGUCUGAAAGAGGGUGACAUUCUGCGUGUGCGCCGCUAUAUCCAGCAAACCUACGGUGCCGCGCCGGAGAGGGGGUCGUCGUCGCCUGCGCCUGCGCCCGCGCCGCUCUCGCAGGCCGCGCGGGACCGCCAGGCCCGGGAGGACGAGGCGCUGGCGCGCCGGCUGCAGGCGCAAGAGAUCGCCGCGCAGCGCCGCGCAGGAGAGCGCCCGUCGCGCGCCGAGUCAUCGCGCGCCUCGGAGCCGGAGCCUGCGCCGGAGCCUGCGCCGGAGCCUGCGCCGGAGCCCGCGCCUGCACCCGCGCCAGCGCCUGCGCCGACGCCGACGGGUGUAGAUGCUGCGACCAUUGCAGCCGCCGUCGAGAUCGUGCGCCAGCGCGAGCGUGAAGAGAGAGAGGCGCGUGAGGCGGAGGCGAAGAAGAAGGAGCGCCCGGCCGACCCCAACUCGGAGCUCUUUGACAAGCUGGAGCGCCUCAAGCCGUCGCCCAAGCCUGCGGCGCCUGCGCCGGACCCGAAUGGUCCGCGUGGGCCGCUGGCGCCUGUGCCGCUGAACCAGUCGCUUCUGCAGCCGCUCAUCCCGCUGCAGGGCACUGGGCAGUUUGUGCCGACGCAGGCGACGGGGAUGGGCUUGAUGCCGCCACCGACGGGCUUGGCACAGCCGAGCUUUGCUCCGCAGCCUACGGGUAUGAUGAUGCCGCCGACGGGCUUUGCGCCUCAGCCCACGGGACCGUAUGGUGUGCCGCAGCCGCAGCCGCAGCCGCAGCCACCGACGCUCGGCGCUGCUACGGCCGAGACGACGGCCGCGACAAAUUCGCAGGACCGAUUCAGCGCUGCCAACGUGUUUGAGCAGAUGAAAACGGGCGCCGGGGCCUUUGGGAAUCGGGACGCGUCGGCGCCGCAGAGCAGUGGCAAGUACGAUGCGCUGCGUGCGCAGCCAACGGGCUUUGCAGCCGGUGGCAUUGUCGAUGGGCCUGCGCCUGCGCCGUCGCCCUUCACGGGAGGCUUCAUGCCGAUGGGUAUGAUGCCCACUGGGUACAUGCCAACAGGAUACUAUCCGUAG